AUGGAAGAACAGACAAAGAGAAUGAAAUUGGAAAAUCGAGUAACGACUGAAGAAAGUACAAUAACCACAUCGGAGUUGUAUCAACGUCUUUCAGUCUCUGUUGAAAAUUUUCAGAGUGAAGAAGAAUCAACACAAUUCAACAAUAGUACUAUUCCAGCAUUACAAAUCAAUAGUAAUGAUCAAGCAAAAAAUGAUCCCAGAGCAAUAGAACAUUUGGCGCUAGGUUUUUUAGAAUUGAAAAAGGAUACAAAAGUGAUUGAAACACCACAUAUCCUUGGCCAGCUUUGUGAUUACAUGUUUAGGGCACUCAAAGAUAGCUACAAGUCCUAUGUUUUUGGAUUCGUUUCAAACUUCAAGGACAUUAUUUUUGUGAAGAUGAGAAAAUCGAUGACAGAACUGGGCGAGGAAAAUAUUAUCACCACAAGAAGUCCAAAAUUGAGUCUUUUCUCCACUGGAAUUCAGAACUCUGAUGGAUAUAGUUAUCUCAAAAGACUUUUAAACACUCCAACACAACAAACAUGGACAGACAAUCGAACCUUUACACUUGGAAAAUUUAUUACUGCAGGAGCAACGUCGUUGGUGUUUGAUUUUGGAGAUGGUAAGAUUAUUAAACUUGCCAAAACACCAAGCGACAACACACAUAUCAUUACAGAAACAAAAACUAUUACUUUUUUGGACGAGAAAGGAGUGAAUCCUCUUCCAAAAAUUGUUGAGCAUGGAAAUUAUUGGAUUGUGAUGGAAAAGUGUUAUCCCUGUACAUCUUUAUCUAAAUCAGAAAUGAAAGCUUUGGUGGAAUUGGUAAAAAGUUUUCACCAAGCAGGUGUGUUACAUAGAGAUAUUAGGCCUCAAAAUAUAAUGAAAACAGAUAGUACUCCAUUAUUAAUUGAUUUUGGAUUCUCUGUAAGGAUUGAAGAACACCACUCAAACUUUGCAGGCACUUCAACAUUUUGCGCAGAACAAUAUUCUGAACAUUGGACACACAGAUUAACCUCAACCUAUCUCAAAAUCUAUGACUAUGAAUCCUUGUUGAAAGUUUUUGUCUACUUUGCAGACACAACUGUCAAAGAUUCUAUCGAUAGUUGCAACUUAAUUGGGACUCAAAGAAGACAAUAUUUCGUAAAAUUUUGGAAAAAAUAUGCAAAAAAUAAUAUGACAUUUAAGACAGCAUUAAAUGCUAUCAUCAAACUCGAGGAACAGGAUGACAUUACACCCAUAUUUGCUACAUUUAUCGACAAUAUUGAUGAAUAUGAAUAA